AUGGCGAUAUCUCACGCCCUGCCUCUGCUUCUUCUCCUCUUCUUCUUACCUGCUUUGAGCGCUAUCAAUUUCAAAUACUGCAACGAAAGUGGAUAUGAUUAUGGUAUCGUCAGUCGUGUGGAGAUCUCUCCUAACCCGGUUCGGCCUGAAGACGAUGACAGUCCUUCAUUUAUGGUAUUCGGAACUGCAAGUAAAGCAAGCAAAACCAUCAGCGACGGAGCUGUACAAGUAGCAGUGUCUCUCAAAUCUGAGGAUAAUCGUAGGAUAAUUUUAACAACAUACGACCUCUGUGAUGAUCUGCUUGCAUGUCCUAUUGAGCCUGGCAAGAACUUUGUGCUUAAUAUUUCCGAGGUUAUUUAUAGUCCUCGCUAUGAGAAGGAAGGACUAUUUUCAGUAACUUUACUGGAUGAUUCUGGAGAGUCUGAUGACAUCGAAGAAGAGUCAGUAACAAGAAUGUGUGUCGACUUCUAUCUGCCAACUGUAGCUUCCACAUUUGUCUCUUCUGCAUAG